AUGUACACCAAUAAUCUAUCUCUAAAUCACCACGAUGGCUCAAUAAUUUUGGACUUAUUAAUUGCAAUUGACGAAUUAUUGAUUGUCGAUGAAAUGUUUGAAAAUAUUCAAGAUCAUCUUAUCAAUGUUAAAUCGGAGUGGUUGGAAAAUAAUUUUUCCCUCAUCUUACAUACAGUUUUUAAUCAAAAUAUUUCAAGAUUACGCGAUAUUUUAAAGGACCUUAUACCUCUUAUUAGAUUUUCCGAAUUUUCUAUUGGAGAAUUUUAUGAUAAAGUUUGGCCCUAUAAAGAUAUUCUUCCUUCAUAUUUGAGAUUAGAAAUUUCUAAAUUUCAAAAUAAUCUGGAAUAUCUUCCUAAAUCAAUUUUACCCCCUAGAAAUUCAAUUAUAACGAUUGAUACAAUAUACGAUGAUCCAUCGUUUGGUCCAUGUUUUGGUAAAACUGAUCUAGAUAUGAGAAAACAAUUUAAUGAAGAUUUAAAUUGUUCAGCUAAAAAACGUUGUUAUAAACAUACCAUUACAACUACUACCCAAUUUGCUGUGGAGGAUUAUGAAGUUUUUCAAGUUAAAUCUCACGCGUAA